AUGUCAACAGUUAUGUCACCUUCUCUUAGCCCAUUCUCAACCUCCUCAUCACCUCCCCCAUCACCUCAACAGGUCCGCAUACCUCAAUCCCAGCACAUGUCACCACGGCCCCACCGAUCUGCCUCCGGGCGUAGCCACCCGCCACUUUCAGGGCAAGCUUCCCCAAAUUUCGCUCCGAUGGGCCCUCCUCCGGCACCCUCCCCGAGUACCUCAGUCCCUAACCCAGUGGCAGCGGCUAUCACCAGUCCUCGGCUGAAGCGGCCAUUAAGUUCUGAAGCUCUUAAUCCCAACCCUACGACAUCUACGACGCCCUCACAAAACGCGUCUACCUCGGAUGUCCGCUCGUCUCCUCGCCCUCUGAGAAGGACAGGCCAAUCGACUCAAUCGUCAAAAUCAUCGCCGCGUGUGGGCCAAUCACCGCUGUUGCGAAGAGCCGCAGAAUCCUCAAUCCGGACUCCUCAGACCCAGCCCCAGGACACAUCGUCUAGCAGUGUGAAUCUGAAUGAAACUUCUCUAGAUCCCUUAACACUUGGAUCACCCUCAAAGCGAGUAAAACCACUGCAACCCGCCAGGAAGCUUGUCCCUAGGGAUUAUCAGCUAUGUGCCAUGAACGACCUGGUAAUCUUGAUCAGCGAUAUGUUAAAUCAAUUGGUGUCUCUAAACGAUGGGAUCCCGCUGACGCAAGGUGGAUUGACUCGAUUUCACAGCCGUGCGCCUCCCACCAUCACUAUCACGGACUAUCUUCAUCGAAUUGCACUGCAUACGACCCUAGAGCCAUCGACUCUUCUUAGUAUGGUUUAUUACAUCGACCUUCUCUCCAAUCAUUACCCGGCUUUCACAAUAUCUUCUUUAACAGUCCAUCGAUUCCUCAUCACAGCUGCAACGGUUUCCUCAAAGGGCCUUUGCGAUAGCUUCUGUACAAAUACCUUCUAUGCAAGGGUGGGAGGCAUAAGCUUGCGAGAGUUGAAUGUUCUUGAACUAGAGUUCUUAAAUCGGGUUGGGUGGAGGAUAGUACCCCAAGCAGAGGUUUUGAAGGAGUAUUAUAUGAGUCUUGUUAGGAGGAUGGGAGAUAGUUGGGGGUUAGAGGAGGGCCCUGAAUCUGAGGGCUCGAUGGAUGAACUGCUCGACGAGAGCAGUAGUGGUAUUGGAUCAAAUAAUGUAUCCGGAUCCGAAGCUUCAAGGGAAUCGCCUAACCUACAGUCGAGAGCCCCCCUCCUGCUGCAAGAUGCUACAAACACUGGGAAUCAAAACAGUGAUGCACCAAAUGAAACAGCUGUACCGAGCGUCAAGGAGGCAGGAUAG